UGCAUCAGCUAUUGUAUAAUGGCAAUUUGUCCAACGGCAUAUGUGUCAGCAGAAACUAAAUACCUGCAAGUUUUCUGGGUGAGGAGGAGACCAAUAAUCUUAUUACUGUAUUCUGGAAAGUGCUUUCUAAGCCUUGAUUUACAGGGUCAUUGAGAGAGGGAGACUGGCAAAAAUAACCACCUGAAAAGAAACUACAGAAAACAACACUUGGACCACAAAUGCUCAAGUGACAAAGUAUCCGAGGGGAAAAGAGAACCAGAGAGGUGAUGUUGCUGUGGUUAAGUACCGUUUUGCCAUGUUAAUUGUUUUGCAGUUCAUACCUUAAAGCAGACUUGCAGGUUCAUAGAAAACUUUGGGUUGGUCCUCCAGGUAAUAUGGCAUGAUGGCGCGUCUGGACUUCCUGAGGUGGCUUUAUAUCCUAACGAGCCUUAAUGUUUCACAUUUCUGUUAAAACCACGCAUUUGGGAUCUUGUAUAGUAAUAACUGAAAACUUAAAGACAAGCCAUUGGCACUCUUAAGCUUCUUUAUAAUGGUAAAAAUGAUUGAUUAAAUGGGGAAGGAGUCUUCCCUUUUGCACCUCAAUUUCCUUAUCCUUCAAUGGGAUAAACAGAAGCCUGUAUUUCCUGCAGGAGUUACUGCAAUUCAAACGUGGUUGUUUCCAUUGUUUCUUUCCCUCUUCACCCCUCAAUUGCCCUUGUUUUUUCCAGAUCCAUAACAUUUUUCUAAAUUACAUCUUUGUAGUAUGAAACUACAUUAGCUAAAAAGUCUUUGAAAUUAAUCAGGUUUUACUUUGUGUAACAUGACAGAAAGCAUACAGUCAGGGUUUUUUUCUCUUUAUUUGCAGGUUAUUUAUCUUUGUUAGUAGUCUCCCUUUUAAAAUCCUUUGUCUGUAGCACUCCAAGUUCCCACAAACAGUGGGAGAUGUAUUUUACCAGAUGUUAUACAUACAUGCAAUAACUAUCCUAAAAGUCAUACCGCCUGCUACAUUUGACAGAGGCUGUUAGAUAAGAUGCCAUCCUUAGUCUGCAGUGAGUGUUAAGGCAAAAAUUUUGACAUAAAAGCAUGAUCCCAGGCUAUUCGAGUCCUAGCAGUUUUUUGUCAUUGUCCACAAAGGUGCAUUCUGUAUGCUUUUAGAUAAAUGGCUAAGGAGUUAACCUGCUGUUAAAAAACAAGAAACAAGGCAAGAAUAAAUCAAAAUUAAGACUUAAGAUUUCAACACCACAAUUAAAGAGGGGUGGGAACAGUCUGAUCUUCAAUGAUGUACAUAAUGGCAGGGAGGGUGGGCGGUUGGACUGUCAAACUGCCUUAAUUUAAUUGCAAACACAUGCUGAUGAGUCCCCUCCUCCCGGACCUCAGGGCUGGGAAACUUUUUUGUCAGCUCCCUGCAGUUCAGAAUUGAGGAAAAUACACUCGGGCAAACACCAUGCUGAUCAAAUCUUCAGCUCUCCUAGGCUUUUUGUGCUUUCUCCUCUUGCUUAGUUUCUCCUGUUCCUGCCCCAGUCGCUGCCUGUGCUUCAGGACUACGGUGAGAUGCAUGCAUCUGAUGUUGGAAACCAUCCCCGACAUCCCUCCCCAGACAAACAUACUAGAUUUACGUUUCAACCACAUCAAGGAGAUACAACCCGGAGCCUUCAGGAGACUGAAGAACCUCAAUACUCUGCUGCUGAACAAUAACCUGAUAAAACACAUUGUGAGAAGAUCCUUUGAAGGUCUGGAGAACCUGAAAUACCUCUACCUUUAUAAAAACGAAAUUCAGAGUAUCCAGCAGCAUGCCUUCAAUGGACUCCGCUCUCUGGAGCAGCUCUACCUGCACUUCAACAACCUGGAAACCCUGGAGCCAGAGACUUUUAGUGACCUGCCUAAACUUGAAAGGCUAUUCUUGCACAACAACAAAAUUUCCAGGAUUCAUCCAGGGACAUUCUCUCAACUGGAAUCCCUCAAACGACUGCGGCUGGAUUCCAACUCCUUGCUCUGUGACUGCGACUUGCUGUGGCUGGCAGAGCUGCUGAAGAAAUACGCCGAGCAGGGCAGCAUUCAGACAGCUGCCACCUGCGAGGCUCCUCGGGAGCUGCACGGCCGCUCCAUCGUCACCUUGACGGCUCAGGAGUUCAACUGUGAGAGGCCUCGCAUAACCUCAGAGCCCCACGAUGUCGACGUCCUCCUGGGAAACACGGUUUAUUUCACGUGCAGGGCAGAAGGCAACCCAAAGCCUGCGAUCAUUUGGCUCCACAACAAUAACGAGAUCGACAUGAAAGAUGACAACCGCCUGAACCUGCUGCAGGACGGUACCCUGAUGAUCCAGAACACCAAGGAGUCAGACAAAGGCGUCUACCAGUGCAUGGCCAAGAACAUCGCCGGAGAGGUCAAGACACAAGAAGUUGUUCUGCGCUAUUUUGGCACCCCAUCCAAGCCCACUUUUGUGAUCCAGCCGCAGAACACUGAAGUGCUGGUUGGGGAAAGCGUCACCUUGGAGUGCGGGGUCUCUGGGCACCCCCACCCUCGCGUCAGCUGGACACUUGGCACAGGCUCUCCUUUACCGCAGGAUCCCCGUUUCGCCAUCACCAGCUCUGGAGGACUCUUCAUUCAGAACGUCACCUUCUCCGACCAGGGGCAGUACAAUUGCAACGCCAGCAACACCGAGGGGUCCAUCCAGGCGACAGCAAGAAUCAUAGUGCAAGAUUCUCCCAGGUUUCUCCUUGUCCCCACCGAUCAGACAGUAACCGAGGGACAAAGUGUGGAUUUCCUCUGCUCAGCUGAGGGUCACCCUCCACCCGUGAUUGCCUGGACAAGGGCAGGUGGGCCGUUGCCAAAUGACCGGAGGCACAGCAUCCUCUCCACGGGAACCCUGCGGGUGAUGAGGGUCGCGCUGCACGACGAAGGCCAGUACGAGUGCCAUGCCAUCAGUGCCAUCGGGGUGAGGACCCUCCCCGUGCAGCUCUCCGUGACCCCCAGAGUGAUCCCCGUGUUCCUUCAUCCCCCCCAAGACGUGGUGGCAGAGACUGGCCAGGACGUCGCGAUCACCUGCGCUGCCCAAGGGGAUCCGCGGCCCACCAUAACCUGGGUCAAAGAAGGGAUUCAGAUCACCGAGAGCGGCAAGUUCCACAUCAGCCACGACGGGACCCUUUCCAUUCAAGACCUCGGUGUGGCUGACCAGGGCAGAUACGAGUGCAUAGCGAGAAACCCCUUCGGCUUCACCUCCAGCGCCAUGCAGCUCACCAUCACCGCCACAGAUGUCGGUCGCAGCGGCGACACGUUUGUAGCCACCUCCAUACGGGAAGCUAUCAGCAGCGUGGACUAUGCCAUCAAUUCAACACGUACUGAGCUGUUCAGCAAACGCCCCAAGACACCCAAUGACUUGCUGGCUCUCUUCCGUUACCCCCGGGACCCCUACACCAUUGAAACAGCCAGGGCAGGUGAGAUCUUUGAAAGGACCUUGCAGCUGAUUCAGGAACAUGUGCAACAAGGCUUAAUUGUGGACGUGAAUGUCACAGGUUAUCGUUACAAUGACUUGGUGUCUCCUCACUACCUGAACAUGAUCGCGAACCUGUCGGGCUGCUCUGCUCACCGCCGUACCCCAAACUGCUCGGAUAUCUGCUUCCACAAGAAGUACCGGACCCACGACGGCUCUUGCAACAACCUCCAGCACCCGAUGUGGGGUGCGUCCCUCACGGCCUUCCAGCGGCUCCUCAAACCUGCCUACCAGAACGGAUUUAACCUCCCCCGAGGGUUUUCCUUAUCAGAAGACGCCAGGGACCUGCCCCUUCCUUUACCCCGCCUCGUCUCCACCACCAUGGUCGGGACCGAGACCGUCACCCCUGACGAGCAGUUCACGCACAUGCUGAUGCAGUGGGGCCAGUUCCUGGACCACGACAUGGACCAGACGGUGGCAGCCAUCAGCAUGUCCCGCUUCUCGGACGGGGCGCCCUGCAGCCAGGUGUGCAGCAACGACCCGCCGUGCUUCUCCGUCCUCAUCCCCGCCAACGAUCCCCGCGUGAGGAACGGGCGCUGCAUGUUCUUCGUCCGCUCCAGCCCCGUGUGCGGCAGCGGGAUGACCUCGUUGCUGAUGAACUCCGUCUACGCCAGGGAGCAGAUCAACCACUUGACCUCCUACAUCGAUGCCUCCAACGUGUACGGCAGCACAGAGCAGGAAUCGAGGGAACUGCGGGAUCUCAGCAGCCAGAAAGGGUUGCUGAAGCAAGGGCAGGUCGUGCCCGGCUCGGGGAAGCCUCUCCUUCCCUUUGCCGUGGGGCCACCCACCGAGUGCAUGCGGGAUGAGAACGAGAGCCCCGUGCCGUGCUUCCUGGCGGGAGACCACCGCGCCAACGAGCAGCUGGGCCUCACGGCCAUGCACACCCUGUGGUUCAGGGAGCACAACCGCAUCGCCACGGAGCUCUCGACCCUCAAUCCCCACUGGGACGGAGACCUCCUGUAUCACGAGGCGCGGAAGAUCGUGGGUGCCCAGAUGCAGCAUAUCACCUAUGCCCACUGGCUGCCUAAGAUCCUCGGGGAAGCUGGGAUGAAGAUGCUGGGUGAGUACAAAGGCUACGACCCCAACGUCAACGCAGGGAUUCUCAACGCCUUUGCCACCGCUGCCUUCCGCUUCGGGCACACUUUGAUCAACCCCAUCCUGUACCGGCUGAAUGAAACCUUCCAGCCCAUCCGCCAUGGCCACGUCCCCCUGCACAAGGCCUUCUUCUCCCCUUUCAGGAUCACGCAGGAGGGUGGGAUCGACCCCCUCCUCCGCGGGCUCUUUGGGGUUCCUGGGAAGAUGCGGGUCCCCUCCGAACUCCUCAACAUGGAGCUGACAGAGAAACUCUUCUCCAUGGCACACUCCGUCUCACUGGACUUGGCCGCUAUCAACAUCCAGCGAGGACGAGACCACGGCAUCCCACCGUACAACGACUUCAGGGUCUUCUGCAACCUCUCGUCUGCACAGGAAUUUGAGGACCUCAGAAAUGAGAUAAAGAACUUGGAGAUCAGGGAAAAGCUCAGGAGCUUAUAUGGAACUACCAAAAACAUUGACCUGUUUCCAGCACUGAUGGUGGAGGAUCUUGUCCCUGGUACCAGAGUUGGACCAACGCUGAUGUGCUUGUUAACAACACAGUUCAGCAGGCUGAGGCAUGGAGACAGGUUUUGGUAUGAGAAUCCUGGAGUCUUCACACCGGCGCAGCUGACUCAGAUCAGGCAGGCGUCCCUCGCUCGUGUCAUCUGUGACAACAGCGACCACAUCCAGCAGCUGCAGAGAGACGUCUUCCGGGUGGCGUCGUACCCCCAGGGCAUGGUUGGCUGCGAGGAGAUUCCCGCGGUGGACCUGCGCUUCUGGCAGGACUGCUGCGAAGACUGCCAGACACGUGGGCAAUUCAGGGCGCUUUCUCAGCGCUUCCGAAGCAAGAGGUCUCCUGGAUUCAGCUACCCAGAAGAAAACCCUGCCAAGCAUAAGCCUGCCUUCCCCAGAAAUGAGGUCCCUUCUCCAAGCUCUUCUUCCAGAAAGAAUCUCGAGUCCCUUGUGGGUGAACUGGAGAAGACAGUUGCUUCCCUACGGAAGCAGGUGAAUGUCCUAGAGAGCCAGCUGAGGUGGCACCACAGGAACACCAGCACGUAUGGACAGGGGAAGAAGACUGGAGACAAAUGGAGAAAAAGAUGACCGUGUUGCCUCUUUGUACAAGGUGCCCAGUGACCUGCACUCCUGCUCUCCACCAGCCAGCCCAACCCACUCCCAGAGGGCUCCGAAAGAGCAACCCACGAGCCCCCGCGAUGCUCUGCCUCCUCUCCUGUCUCCUGCACCGCCUCCGUCCCAGGACGACCGUACUUCUGCCUGCAUUGAGCCCCUGCACUUACUGCUCCGAGCCCUCCAUCUCCCAGACCUCCUCUGCUCGUCAGCCUCUGAGACGGGCUCUGGCACUUGCCCUGUGUGAUGGUGGCAGAGCAGCAGUCUGCCGAGAUGCCACCUUCUGCCACACGUCCCCAGGAAAUGGAGGAUAGCCGAGGCUGCUUCAGUGUCACUGUCGUGCCCUUCUCUUCCCACGCACCCCAUCGUCAUCCACCGCCCUACUCUGCAAUGUCCCUGGGCACCCGAUUGAGGUUCACGAUGAAGCACAACCUCUCUCAAACGCGCUGUCUCCGAGCCCUUGUGCCAGGAAGCAUCUGGAGAAAUCCGGGUGGGGUUUAAAAAAAAACAACAAAACAAAAAACAAA